CACACUCACACACAAGACCCAUCAGCAGCGCCGAAGAAAAAGACAUGCCAUAAUAACACGGGAAGAAAACGGGGACGAGCCGCAGCACUGGGAAGCAGUGGAGGUCUGUUGCAGCAGCAGUCCAGGAAUGUGCACCGUGCAGCCCCUGAGGAGAAAAUGAAGCGCAAGAGCGAGAGGAGACGAGCCGAGUCGAGGAAACGGCGCUGUGCAACUCACAGCAGCUCGGAGGCGGCGCCAAACUCCGAUAUUUACAUUGAGAUAACAGAUCAGUUAUAUUUCGCCACACUAAAGCAGAAGAUCAAGAACACAGCCGAGAGACACUGUUUCUGCAUAGAUGAGGAGCUGGCAUAUGAAAACUUCUAUGCGGACUUUGGUCCCCUUAAUCUGGCCAUGUUUUAUCGCUUCUGUUGCAAGCUGACAAAGAAGCUCAAGUCCAUCACACUCUCAAGAAAGAAGAUUAUAUUUUAUACCUGUGGAGAUCAGAAGAAACAAGCCAAUGCUGCCUACCUAAUCGGCUCAUAUGCAGUAAUGCAUCUCAACAUGUCGCCAGAGGAUGCCUACAGCCUGCUGGUGUCAAGGAAUUCAACAUAUAUUCCAUUCAGAGAUGCUUCGUUUGGAACCUGCAUGUACAAUCUGAACAUCCUGGAUUGCCUCCGUGCUGUUCACAAGGCUCUGCAGUACAGCUGGCUCGACUUCACUAACUUUGAUGUGGAGGAAUACGAGCACUACGAGAGGGCUGAAAAUGGAGACUUCAACUGGAUCAUUCCAGGAAAGUUCCUUGCAUUCAGUGGGCCUCAUCCGAAAAGCAAAAUAGAGAACGGCUAUCCUUUGCACGCUCCCGAGGCUUACAUCCCAUACUUCAGGAAUCACAACAUCACAGCCGUCAUCAGACUCAACAAGAAGAUGUACGAUGCCAGGCGGUUCACGGAGUCUGGCUUUGAGCAUCACGAUCUGUUCUUUGUGGACGGGAGUACGCCAAACGACUCCAUCGUCAGGAAGUUCCUCAACAUCUGUGAGAACGCAGAAGGAGCCAUCGCUGUCCACUGCAAAGCGGGCCUUGGGAGGACUGGCACUCUGAUCGGCUGCUACAUGAUGAAACAUUACCGCAUGACAGCUGCAGAGGUCAUUGCUUGGAUACGGAUCUGCAGACCAGGGUCGGUCAUUGGACCUCAGCAGAACUUUGUUGAAGCAAAACAGAACAGCCUGUGGGCAGAGGGAGAUGUUUUCCGGGAGAAGAUGCUAAACGAACGGGAGAAUGGCAAGAUGGCCGUGACCAGGAUCCUGUCCGGAGUGGACGACAUCACCAUCAACGGGAGCAACAAGAACCGAGCAUCCAAGAAGGAAGACAUGGAGCUGUACAACGAUGAAGACGAGAGAAACGGUCUAACACAGGGUGAUAAGCUGCGAGCGCUGAAGAGCAAGAGGCAGUCCAGAUCGUCCUCAGGUUCACUGUCACAAGAAGAGAAUAAAAUUCACACCAGGUCGUCUUCUCAGUCCCUGAGUUGCAGCACGGCCAUCCUGCAGGCCAGCGUUCAGGGCUGCAAUGCCGGCAUCACCCCUCUGGCUCUCUCUGACCACUCAGACAGCAGGAAGAGGAGCAGAACCUCCCUGCCAGCCAGAGGAGUAGGAGGAAGCUCCCUGUGCCACAGCAGACUGGUCAGGUCUCUAGGAAACUUGCAUGUAGUGGCUGGCGACAGGGAUCCAAUGUGUUGUGAGCCAUGUGGCAGCCAUAGAGACACAGCCAGUGCCACAGCCAACACAAGCCCUCUCAUCAACUUAAACAUGGCACAGGUCCACCUGCAGACGCACCGUCUCCAAAGGACGUAAAGCUCGCAGCUCUUUGCAUUCACUUCGAUUUUCCAGGCUAUGUCACUCCAUACCCAAGGCUAGAGCUCCUAUUCUUCGGUGAGCCUGUGGAUCUACAAAUCUGGAGGAAUUGAACAUCAAAUUCAACUUCUUAUACAGCUGUGCCACUCUUCAUGGAUUUAUUUAGAAAAAUGUUGGAGCAGCCUUUAACCAACAUGAUGUAUCAUGUACCAGUAAAUCAUUUCUGAAUUGUUUAAUUACCACUUAUAUUAGUCGAGGCACUUUAGGUUGUACACUCUUUAAUUGACAAAGCAUCAUGUAACUGUUUUAAUCAUCGCCUUGUUGUUCCUACUUAUCAAAGCAUGCAGUAGCAAGCAUCAGAGUGGACCGCAACUGUUAAAGACCGGCAUGUGAACUUGAGCCACCUGCAGCUCUGGAUUAUAGGAUGGUACGAUCACUAUAGUUUAAAGAUUUAUUUGACUGUGCACAUCCAGUACUUGGCUUGUCUUUUCUUACUUGUGAAACUUUUCAGCUCCUGUAUUCCAAGACUGUAAAUAUGUCGACAUUUGAUAUACUCAGUUUGUAUUUUUUAAAUAUUUUUUACUAUGUUUUAAUCAUGUUAUGAAAUGUCAAAUGGUCCUAAUGGGGCCCUGUGUCAAGUCAUGUUCAUAAUCCACUAAAGACAUUUGCUCAAAGCACAUAGAAGCAGACUUUUUAAAUAAAACUGUACUCAAGAAUGUA